GGGAGUGAUCUUCGCACGGUGCUUGGUGGGGUCGUGAUUGAUAAACAGUAUUUUCACGAUUUGUCGUUAUGAAUUCCAUAGUUCGCGUUGGCAGAGCUUCCAAGCAAAGUUUUCGAUGUAAUCAAUAUCUACAAUUGCAACGCGUGACCUUCUCGUCCUCUGCGAAAGAAGCAGAACAGCCUAAAAUACCAAGGAACACAUUAAAAAAUUUAUUCUCUGCCAACGAGCAACAGGAUAAUGGUAAAAUAUAUGAUAAAAAACCUUUCAAAAUGCGACUCGAAGCUGGAAAACAUUAUCACUGGUGUUUAUGCGGCAAGAGUAAAUCGCAGCCAUUGUGCGAUGGCACGCACAGGGAUGUUUUUGUAAAGGUUAAGCAGAGACCAAUUAGAUUCAUGGUCGACGAAACAAAAGAGUAUUGGUUGUGUAAUUGCAAACAAACAUCAAAUAGACCUUUUUGCGAUGGAUCGCAUAAGAGACAAGAAAUUCAAGAUGCAGUCAGGUCUUAGUAGAUACUUGCAAACAGUUUCUUGCUCACUUCUUUGGUCGUACAUGAAUUACAAAUAACGGUUAGACUAUAGUUGGAUAUUUUGCAGUUAAGGGUAAAUGCGAAUAAGUAAGAUGCCUUACGAUGAAAUACAUUCUGAUCCUGUAUCCAGGCUAGCAAUAAAUCAUCCCACAAAUAUUCAAAA